UUUCUGAAUUAUAUGUUGCCAAAAAGUUACAUCAGUGAUCUUCUUUGUACUAAUGUAUAAAGAACAUUGGUAUUUAAAUAUUCUAUGGAACAUUUGGACAAAACCAUGAAAUUUUUCCAAGUCCCUUAUAUUAUCCUAUAUGCUAUCCUAAUUCAUAGUAGGAAGCAGACAAAAUUUAACUGGCCUAAUGUACUUCCCUGUCGCGAACUGUUUGUUCGGGUGCUUGAUUCUCUAGAUUUGCCGGUUGAUACUCUUAGGAAGUUUUUUAAUUUAAUUCUUAUACUCUAAUAGUUCUUAUAUAUUAGCAGAACAGCAUAAGCUAUAAAUCUAAGCUGUUCGCUAAUCACUAUUUUCUUAUAUCUCAUAGCUGAUAUCCUCAAGAAUUCAAAAGUAAUGUGGUUUUCUGAUAUAUAUCUAAGCUUUUCUAUAAAAAGGAUAUGAGAACCGAGUUGAUGUGUUUGAAAAAAUUAUGGCCCGUGUUCAUCGGUUAUCGACCCAUGAAAUUGUGAGGAUAUCUAAAGCAUGGGUGAGUGAAAUUUCAUCUGAAAAGCUUACUGACCUCUCAACAAUUCAACAUUUCUUUAAUUCAUCUCAGUUUGGUCUUUCUGCGGAGGAGAUUAAAGAUACCGAACUUGUACUUCUUCUUCUAGCUUCUGCUCACAAGACAGGCAACAAACAAUUUGAUGAUGCAAGCAAAGGACUCAACUUAUGUGAUUUCUUGUCUUCUGAUAAAGGAAAUUCAGUUCAAAGAGUUGUUCAUUAUUUUGCUAAAGCUCUUCAACAGAAGAUUGCUCGAGAAACUCGGACAGUCUUGUCGGACGAAUCUGAAAGCAGUGAAAACAAUCCUUUGUGUCCUGCAGAAAUAAGAAUGGGUGCUGAUCCUGCUCUCAUUUCAUGCUGCUUACAGCUUCCGUGUCUUCAAGCGGUUCAUUUUGCUGCAAUCCAAGCAGUAAUCGACAGUUUAGAGUCCGCAAAAACAGUACAUUUCAUUGAUCUUGGAAUCAAAACUGGCUCACACUGCACGAUUUUGAUGCAAGCUCUUGCAAAUCGACAAUCAUGCGCGAUUGAGCUUUUAAAGAUAUCUGGUGUAGGAAUAACAGCAUCUAGACAAAGAAUUGAAGAUGCAGGUAAACGUUUAGCCUCUUUUGCUCAAACUCUACAUAUACCCUUUUCAUUCAGAACUGCCAUAGUUGCGAACAUUAAAGAUCUCAAAGUCGAUAUGUUCGAAAUAAACGAUGGUGAAACUGUUGCUAUAUUUCUGCCAGGUAUCCUGAGAUUCAUAAAAGCACAAAAGGGUGCCUUACAGAGUCUAUUAAGAGUGUUAAGAAAGUUAAAUCCAUGUGUAAUGGUGAUUAUUGAGGCUGAAUUGAAUCACAAUUCGCCAUGGUUUAUAGACCAAUUUCAUGAAUUGUUGCUUUUUUAUAGCGCGUGUUAUGAUGGUGUUGAAGGCUGUAUUGCUCAGUGUGAUCCAAACAGAAUAACAAUAGAAGCAUGUCUGGGACAGGAGAUUAGAGAUGUUGUUGCUGUUAAAGCUGAAGAAAGAAUUUUUAAGCACAUGAAGAUCGACGAAUGGAGAGAUUACUUUAUCAGAUUCGGAAUGGAAGAAGCUGAAAUUAGCAUGUCAUCGUUCUAUCAAGCAGAAUUGUUGGUGAAAAGUUCUGCUUCUGGAAAAUCUUGUUUGCUUGUUAAACACGGAAAAUGUCUUCUUACAGGUUGGAAGGGAACUCCAAUUUUUUCACUUUCAGCUUGGAAGUUUCAACAAAAGUAUUCAAAGAAAAUUUGUGCCGAGGAGUCUUAAUGUUAUAAUAAUUUUACUGUACUUUGUUGAUACUUUUAUCGCAUAGUUCAAUAAAUUUCUGUUCAGUUCUUGCUCUAAA